AUCGUCUUUUUACAAGCUUUUUUAUUAUUUAGAUCUAACUUCAUUUCUUGUCUGCACGCUAGAUCUAUAUUGAUUAUUGUGUGACUAUAUUGAUGCUUUUUAAGUAGUAUCUAGAUUUCUAAUUCUUGGCCUCAGAAUGAAUCAGAACCCAACACAUGAUUUGGAAAAGAUGGGCUGCAGCAUUGAGAUGUCAGGUGUAAAUCUUACAGAUCAUGAUGAAGAAAAGAGAGCUAGCCAAAAUGAUGCCUUCCAUGUGAAUACUUCAUUGAUACCUCAGGCAACAUUGGAUGAACAAGGGCUAGAGCUUCAAGAGCUUGGUUUAAGUGUUUUUAAUCAAGAUGUUUUAGAACAAGGAAUAAUGGAUCAAGUUGACCAGGCAUUGGUUAAGGAAGAGAAAAAAAGAUUGGAAAAAAUCUUAAAGAAUGAGCUAAAAGUAAUUUGUGAUGAUAUUUUACUUGUGAAAAAAGAUUUGGAACAUAUAAUGAAAUCUGAAAAAAAAUUAGAAUUGGGUGAAAUGUCAUCCGACAUCAGACGACAGCUCGAAGGCAUAAAAAAGCAAAGGAGUAACAAGAAUAAGCAGUUAAAAACAUUGAUGGUGCGACAAGAAAAUGUAAAGAAGAAGCUACAGUUGUAUAAUCAAGACACAGAAUCUGUAGAAGAAGAAGCUGACAGCAUGUUUAAUCAAGCUUUUCAAAUUGGUACACAAAAAGAAACUGAAAAAGAGCGCAUGAUUCGUACUGGUGAGAUGACCCCAUUUGGCACAGUUAUGAAGCCUGCAGCUCUUAAACCUGUCCACCCCAGGGAACCAAAUUUAUCAGAAUUUGAAAAAGUCUUAAUGGCCAAAGAAUUACCUUCAGUCAAGGUUAAAAAGGAUUUUGAAAAAUAUGUUAAAAGAAAGUCUCUUAAAACAUCAAAUGAAAUGGAACAUACAGGCAGUAAUGUUUCCUGGUCUGUAAGGAAAAAACAAAAAAGGGAAUCCACAGAACCUGAUUUUAAAAAAGCACAGCAAACACAUUCUACUGGUGUAGUCUAUUCAACUAGACACCAGCAGCGGAUAAUUGACUGUCAAGCAAGUGCCAAUAAAGAUCAUAUGGAAGAUGAGCAUAACAAUAUAGAGGAGCAAGAUGAUGACAGUGGAGAUGCUGAAUCUAACAAUGAUGAAGAAGAAUAUAGACCAAGUAAUCAAGAAUUGAUGGGGGAAUCCUCUGACAACUACACAUCUAUUGAUGAAGAUGGUGAGACCCUUGAAGAUGAAUCCAAAAAGAGAAAAAAAAGUAAAAGGAGUUCAUUUCCUAGGAAGAAACCUAGGAAGAUUCCAAAAUACAUAGAGGAUGAUGAAACAAAACAUGAGGAAGGAAAGGUGAAGAGAGAUUUGUCUUACAGAAGGGAAAGAGAUGAUGCUGACCCGGAGUAUUACCAACAGAGACUCUUAAGACAACAAAGAUUAGAUGAGAAAGAAGAGAAAAUUGAUGACAUGAAAUUGGAUGAUGAAAAUGAUGAUUCAGAGUUUGAUGGUGGUUUACGAGUCCCUCCUCGACUGUGGAGUAAGCUUUUUAAAUAUCAAAAGACUGGUGUACGUUGGUUGUGGGAACUGCAUUGUCAACAAGUAGGGGGUAUUGUAGGAGAUGAAAUGGGGCUUGGCAAGACUAUACAGACUAUUGCUUUUCUUGCUGCCUUACGUACUAGUCAAGUAAAAAAUGUUAAUUUCCCGUAUAAAGGACUGGGCCCUUCUAUUAUUGUCUGUCCUACGACUGUCAUGCACCAAUGGCUCAAGGAGUUUCAUAAGUGGUGGCCAGAUUUUAGAGUUGCUAUUUUACAUUCUUCUGGAUCUUUUACUGGGUCUGAGUCAGAGAUGGUUAGAUCUGUGGCAAAGAGUUCUGGAAUUUUAAUCACAUCCUACAAUACCCUUGUUAUCCAUCAAGAGCUUGUGCUUCGCUUCAAUUGGCAUUAUGUAAUUCUGGAUGAAGGUCAUAAGAUUCGUAAUCCAGAUGCCAAAGUUACUUUAGUUUGUAAGCAGUUUCGAACACCUCACAGGAUAAUAUUAUCUGGAUCACCCAUUCAAAAUAAUCUGAAAGAACUCUGGUCUUUGUUUGACUUUAUAUUUCCUGGAAAGUUGGGAACUUUACCAGACUUUAUGCAGCAUUUUUCCAUACCCAUUGUACAGGGUGGCUACUCCAAUGCAACUCAAGUACAGGUUGAAACAGCCUAUCGAUGUGCCUGUGUUCUUCGAGACACUAUCAACCCCUACCUCAUCAGAAGGAUGAAAGCAGAUGUUAAAAAAAAUUUGGAUCUUCCAAACAAAAAUGAACAGGUGUUGUUUUGUCGCCUUACAGAGGAACAAAGGGAUGUUUAUAAAGAAUAUUUGGACUCUAGAGAAUGUAAUGCAAUCUUACAAGGAAAAUUCCAGGUGUUUGCUGGCCUUAUCACGCUGCGUAAGAUCUGUAAUCAUCCAGAUCUGUCAACUGGUGGACCACAGUUUUUUCACUCAGAUUGUUCAGAAACAGAUCCUGAAUAUCAGUUUGGCUAUCACAAGAGAAGUGGGAAAAUGAUUGUUGUAGAAGCACUACUGCGCCUUUGGUACAAACAGAAACACAGAGUUCUGUUGUUUACACAAAGUAAAUCUAUGUUGAACAUAUUGGAGAAAUUUGCGGCAGAAAAAGGGUACAGUUAUUUAAUCAUGGAUGGAGGGACGGCAAUAUCUGCUAGACAGCCUUUAAUCUCACAGUUUAAUAAUACACCAUCUAUCUAUUUGUUUUUGUUAACUACUCGAGUCGGUGGGCUAGGUGUGAAUUUGACAGGUGCAGACAGAGUUAUCAUCUAUGACCCUGACUGGAAUCCAAGUACUGAUGUACAGGCUCGGGAAAGAGCCUGGCGUAUUGGUCAAACAAAACAGGUGACCAUCUACAGACUUUUGACCUCAGGAACUAUUGAAGAAAAGAUUUAUCACAGACAAAUUUUUAAACAGUUUUUAACAAAUCGAGUGUUAAAAGAUCCAAAACAAAGAAGGCUUUUCAAAUCCCAGGAUUUGAUGGAACUCUUCACACUGGGAUGUGAUAAUAAUGAAGAAGGGACAGAAACCAGUGCUCUAUUUGCAGGGACAGGAUCAGAUGUGAAAGUUUCAAAAAGGAGCAGAAAAAAUAGAUUUGAUGAAAUGAAAGACAAGAAAGAAUUAAAAACUAGUGAGAACAAAGACAAUAAAAGUGUUGAUGAAGAAAAUAUGGGAUUGGAUAAUGAAGAGCUAGAAAGGAUGAAAGAGUUGGCUAGGAAUUUGAGUAGAAAGAUGGAAGAAGAAAAAAGAAAGAGAGAGAGUGAAAGACGGGCAUCAGAAGACUCUACAAAACUAUUCACCCCUUCUGAUGAGGUAGAAGAGGUUCAGCCUGUAACAAAUGAUAAGAAAGACGAUGAAUUGAAAAGUUUAGAGACUACAGUAGUCUGUGAUAAUGGUGAAGAAAUUGAAAGCAAAGUUGUCUCAGAAGAAUCCACCAGUUCAGCACUCUCCCAAAUAGGAGACAGUAAAAACUCACACUCUGGCAGUAUACCCAACAAGUGGCAUUCCAAUGGGAAAAAAUGGACCAUCCCUAUGCUCAAAAGAAACAAGGAGGAGAGGUCCACACCUCAAGAUAUUGAUCACAGAGGUGAGGAAAAAAGGCAAAAGACAGAAGAGAAGAGGCGCAGAUCACACACGGAUGAAGAGAAAGAUGAUGAUAAAACUAAAAAAAAGAAAAAGUUGCGUAAUGCACGUUUUGAAGGUGAAAGAAUACCUAAUUUAGUGAAACACUGUAGCCUGUCCACUGCUGACCAGUCGGAUGAACAACCUUCAGUUAGUACCCAGAAGAAAGAUAAUAAACGAGAAGAUGAUUACGUUCUCAAGCAGCUUUUCAAGAAAACAGGACUGCAGGGUGCAAUGAAACAUGAGAAGAUAAUGGACUCUGGGCGACCUGAUUAUGCCAUUGUAGAGGCAGAAGCUGAGAAAGUUGCGAGGGAAGCAGUAGCCGCCUUACGAAGAUCUCGCCAGCAAUGUGCAUCUGCUAUGUCAGGGCUUCCCACAUGGACAGGACAGCAUGGGGGACUAGCGAAACCACGUUUUGGACAAAAGAAGAAUAGUUUAUUAGUUGUUAACAAGUCAGCACCAUCAGAAACACCUCAGAUCACCUCACAGAAAAGUGCAACAGAAAAAGAUAAACUUUUUGAUGGCAGUGUGUCUGGUACUGUGUCCUUGAGUACAAAAGAUAAUUCCUUAACAUCGCAAGACCUCUUAUCCCGCAUGAGAGCGAGGAAAAGAAUUUCAACAGCUUCUGUAUCCACUGAAGAUGAGGAUUUCCUGCGGCCUGAUGUGCCUGAGAAUCUGGAUCCAAAAGAUGAAGAGCUGUUAAAAGACAUCAGGAACUUUGUUGCUUUUAUGGCUAACACUGAUGGGGAGGCGUCAACUCAAGAAAUCGUUCUGAAUUUUGGCACACGCCUACCAAAAUCAGAUGCUCCUAAAUUUAAAGCCAUGUUGAACCAAAUUUGUGAUUUUCGUAGUGGUGUAUGGCGAUUAAAAACUGAGUUUCGUUAAUCUGAAAUUUCAGUUGCAUGAAAUGAUGCUGUUGAUAUAUUUGUAAGCUGUGAAACUAAUUGGAAGAAUUAAUGUUAAUUUGCAUAUCAACAAAUCUAUAGGCAGCAUAUUUUUUAAACAGGAGUGUCACAAUUUUCUUUAAUGUUAUGAUAUUUGCAAAGUUUACAGAAAAGUAAAAAAGAUAGGUAUGUUGUUAAAAAUUUGUAUUUUUUUAGUGAAAAAUUUCAUUUGAUAAUCAUAUUUUUUACCAUUAUUAUUUUAUAAUCAAUUCUUAAAUGAGAAUUAUUGUUAUGAUUGAAUACUUAUCUAGUGUUUUCAACAUGUCAUACUUUUUAUUUAAAUUGUUGAGAUUCUUAAUUUGUGAUUUUUGUUAUUCAUGCAGGAAUUCAGUACUUUUUAUUUUUAAGUUUAUUAAGUUUUAUUCAAUUAUUGAAAAUUUAAAUUAAAAAUUAAUGGACUUUCCAGUUGCAAGAAUGGCAGCAUUCCUAUGUCAAAAAAAUAAAAUCUGUACACAAAAGUUAUGUGAAAAGUACACAACAUAACCGAAUAGCCAGUUUUGUGAUUCAUAUAUGUACACUUUUGUAUGUAUAAAAAUUACACAUAAUGAUAAUACAAUGUGUUUAAACUAAAACAUGUUUUUACUUAUUGGUGUAUUACAUUUUAUGACCAAUAUUUUUUUAGUUUUUUAAAUGGAUACAAAAUGUCAGUAUGUUUUGUAACUUUUUAAACAGAUUACACUCAUGAUUGAU